AUGACCAAACCAGAUCCGGGCUUUGUGGCCGUUAGCGUAUGCUCGUCAAUCCACCCUUUGAAAACAGAACCGAAUGAUCCUUCCCCAAGAAUAUGGUCUGAUCUAAAUGGAUUUACUGCUGCAUUACCAACCCAAUUUAAGGUGAAGUUAUCCUUUACUCAAAAAGGCGAAAUUGGGGCGCCUUUACACGAAUUGGUGAGGACGAAUUUUGGUGUGAGUGAGGGAGGAGAAAUUGAAAGUCUCCCCGAGUCCUCGGGCGUCAUCAGUAAUGUAUUGACGCUGAAGACUCUUCAGUCCCUUGUGAUCGUUCGCCUUCUUCAUGAGUUUGUAGAUGGUGAACGACUGUUGCAGCGGUUUGCGGCCGUUGGCGUUUUUAUCACUGGCGAGCCCGGUCGUCCGGGUGAUGAGGAGAGUCAGUCGUCAGAAGGAGAGAAAGAGAGUGUCGUGCUCGUCGUUGGAGGCCGGAGGGAAGGACAGCGCGUCGGAGACAACUCGCCGGCAUAA